AUGGAUUCUACACCCCUUUCUUUUGAGACAAAGAUUGCCAUGGCGUUGCAGGGACAGGGUAAUUGGCAACAAUUACAAAAUGCGCCUAUAGCGGCAGCAGCAGCAAAUUCCGGCGUCGCUGAUAACGAGGUAAUACCAGAAGAAGUAGAAGUUGAAGAAGAGGAGGACAUUGAAUUGGAUGAGGACUCGGUACUUGGAGAAGACGAAACCAACGAGCCCAAGGCUGUAGAAGAUGUCGUUGAUACAGCCAGGAAAGAAAAGCUCGCCAAGAAGGCGCAGCGUUUCAAUCAAGUCAUUGCAAGAGACGCAGGCGAGGUAGUCAAGACAAUCGACCUGGAUACAAUCCAGCCAGUACGGGAAACAGUUUCAUGGGACCAAGACCCGGAACUGCUAUGUUGCUACAACUGGCAAUUUUCCACCACCGCCAACACAAUCUUCGUCCCAGGCGAGCCCGCCAAAUGGACCCCUCGACCUCUUCCCUACAAUCUGGAGCGAGACAGUGGCUUCUCAUUCGCAGACUACAACUACGCGCGUCGCCCCCGAGAUCCCUACUCCCCCAUGUUUGCCGCCCUACGUGUCAUGAGACCCGGCUACACAUUCAACGACAUCGACGUACUAGCCGACCGAAACAACCUUCGCGUACUCCUCGAGUUCACCCAAGGCAAGGCCAACGGACCCCUGCGCCUUAACCUCUAUCUCGUCCACAACACCCUCGUCAUCAUCCGCAAAGAAUCCAGAUGGUGGAAACGAAACAACGGCGACAGCUACGGCUUCAACUUUGAAAAACACUUCACCCGCACCCCAGAUGACAUGCAAGAUGCAACAAGCCACUACCGCGCAAUCCGCUACCGUAUGGGUCCCCUCAACGUCGUAUGUCGCUUCGAAGCAGACGCCUACGAUGAUGGUAUCGUGUCCGACGAGCUCUCUGCCACCGAAGCCGACCUCGCAAGCGGUGGCCUAGCAGACCUCCCCCGCUUCAAUUUUCCUGCACCUAUCAAUGUGCUACAAAAAGGUCACAUGGUACCCACAGCCCAGCUCGUAGAAUUAAAAACACAAGCCUACAAGCCCUUGAAUCCCACGCUCGUUGCAUGUCAAGACCAGCUCUGGUUCGGCCGUACACCGCUGCUUAUCACGGCGCCGUACGAUAAAGACACUGGUACUGUUACGCGUAUCAAGCGCGAACUCGCAAUGGACAGGAUCAAGAUCUGGGAAGAGAAGAACGAGGAGCCGUUGCGUAAACUCGUUGCUUUACUGGGGUCGUGGUAA